AUGGCGUCGACAGCUUCGGGCCUCACGCGUCGGAGAGGGGCCGGCCACGCCGAGAACGAGGACGGCAGUCGCGUCAGCUCUCCGGUGCCGAAGCGCAACGAGGAGAGCAGAGGGCCGGAGACAUCGUACGAGGAUUCGGAGAACGGGCAUAAGAUUGCGUUCGACCCGCGGGACAUUAGCGAGAAUGAGGAGCGAAGUAAACAGCCGAAGCUCACGCUGAUGGAGGAAGUGGUCCUGAUGGGCUUGAAGGACAAGCAGGGAUACCUAUCGUUCUGGAAUGAUAACAUCUCAUACGCAUUGCGAGGAUGCAUCGUCAUCGAACUGGCGCUCCGUGGUCGAAUAAGCAUGCAGAAGGACUCGUCCCGGCGACGGUUCCCGCUCCCCGAUCGGGUCAUCGAGGUCAUCGAUGAUACAUUGACCGGCGAAGUGCUGUUGGACGAAGCACUCAAGAUGAUGAAGUCAAGCGAAGCGAUGAGCGUCAGUUCCUGGAUCGACCUGAUGUCCGGCGAGACAUGGAACCUCAUGAAGAUCGGCUACCAACUCAAACAAGUGCGCGAACGCCUGAUGAAGGGCCUCGUGGACAAAGGCAUCCUCCGCACGGAGAAGCGCAACUUUCUCCUCUUCGACAUGGCCACCCACCCCGUCGCCGAUGGCGGCGCCAAAGACGAGAUCCGAAGACGCGUCCGCAGCGUCCUCACCCAACGUACCAUCGUCCUCCCCGCCAACCAGUUCCUCCCCGAAGACGCCGAGUUCCGCUACCUACGCACCGUCGUCAUGGUGUGCGCCGCCUAUGCCGCCAACGUGCUCGAGAACGGUCUCUCCUCUCUCGGCCACGAGGCGCGCGAGCGUGCGUUCGCACAGGUAGACGAGCUGCUGGCCGAGUACUCGCAGUGGCCGUUCGUCCGGCGUGCGGGCGGCUCGCAGGGGAUCGGUGCGAACCUCGCGCAGGCUACGAGCGACGAGGUCAAUAAUGCCAAGGAUAAGGAGCUACAGCUCGAGGUCGUCGCCGCUUGUUUGAACGUCUUCACCAGACUAGACUCCCUUCUCUGA